UAUUUCCUGUUUAGUCAGUGGCUGGCUCAUGACAUGACUGCUUUAUUUAUUUUCCCAAUUCUUCCUUUGGUACUUGAAAGCAACGACAUUUCUCCUCCCUUCAGCGCAAAUUUCUGCACAUGCGCUGUUCGACGCUGCCGUGCCUGGAAAGUUUUUUUUAUAUCAGUCUUUAUAUUUUUUGUCGCAGUUAUCAGUCGAUAAUGUGGCAUUCUGGUACAGAUAGGCUUUUCCCGAAGCGCUACGGGUGACUGGGGCGACCUAGAAGGACGGGACAUGGCUGUAAAAGCGGCUCGUUAUCACCGAGCUGGUGAGCUGUGGGUCCGGGCUCAAUUUUCACCCAAGCUCAACGACGGACUAACCAGGCUAAGCUAGCCGACACCGGUGAAGCUCCACUGGGGAAGACUCUGACAUGGGCGCUUGGCUGUAGAGGACAACUCCCAUACCUGGCUUGUCUUGAUCGGUCACCACUAUCGCUACCACCAUGGCUGACCAAAACCAUUACUGGACGGUGUUGCCGAGCUACAAAACUAGUUUUGUUACCGGAGCCAUGAUGAAAAGGACUAAAGGAGCCCGCAACAACAAGAGAAGGAGUUUGGCGGUCGGGACCCCUUCGCCCACACUCUCACGACCGCUUUCACCUCUCCCACUUGCCACAGCUGGCAACAGCCCAUCAGAAAGCCCCAGAAAUGUUUCUGCCAGCAGCUCUGCUAACUUCCAGUUUGCCCGCAGCCAUCUGGUCCGUACUGAGAGAGGAGAUGGCCGAAGAUGGUCUGUGGCAUCAGUUCCCUCCUCUGGAUACUGCACCAAUGCACCCAGUUCAUCAGUAUCUUCGUCAUCUUCCCAGGAGCUCCUGCACCAGCUGCCCCUUCAGCCGACACAAGAUGAUCUCCACUUCCUAUUUAAACAUUUCCGGAGUACGGAAUGUGCGGCAGAUGAAGAGGGACCGCAUGUGUCCCCUCCUGUCAGGAUCCGCUCGCGUAGUCUCAGCCCCGGACGAACCUGUGGAACAUUUGACAAUGAGAUUGUCAUGAUGAAUCAUGUUUAUAAAGAACGCUUUCCAAAGGCAACUGCACAGAUGGAAGGUAGACUUCUGGACAUCAUUGAAGAGUGUUCGCCUGGAACUGCUCUGCCCCUGGCCGAUGGUGUUCUCGGGUUCAUCCAGCAUCAGCUGGUGGAACUGGUGCGAGACUGCCUGGACAAGUCCCAGAAAGGCUUGGUCACCUCUCGGUACUUUGUGGAGCUGCAGGAGAAGCUGGAAAAGCUGCUGCAUGAGGCUUAUGAACGUUCAGAAAGUGAGGAAGUGACCACCAUUACAAAAUUGGUGAAGAAGAUCCUCAUCAUCAUCUCCAGGCCUGCAAGGCUCCUAGAAUGUCUGGAGUUUGAUCCCGAGGAGUUCUACCAACGUUUGGAGACGGCAGAAGGUCAAGCCAAGGUGAGCCAGGGUAUCAAGACUGAUAUUCCUAGAUACAUCGUCAGCCAGCUCGGGCUCACAAGGGAUCCACUUGAAGCUCUUCCAGAAAUGGUCCAACUGGAACAAACAAGCCCAAGUCACAGAUCUGCCAGCAGAGAAUCUGAUGAGUCUGGAGAUGCAACACCAACACAGACCCGCGCAGUUUGCACUCCCCCGCGUAGGAAACCACUGGAGAGUGAUUUUGAAACCAUCAAGUUGAUUAGCAAUGGAGCCUACGGAGCUGUAUUUCUAGUACGUCACAGGGAAACCCGGCAACGCUUUGCCAUGAAGAAAAUCAACCGGCAGAACCUGAUUUUGAGAAACCAGAUCCAGCAAGUGUUUGUGGAGCGAGACAUUCUGACCUUUGCUGAAAACCCAUUCGUGGUUUCCAUGUUUUGUUCUUUUGAAACACGCCGGCACCUUUGCAUGGUCAUGGAAUAUGUAGAAGGUGGCGAUUGCGCAAAUCUAUUGAAGAACAUUGGUCCUCUGCCUGUGGACAUGGCACGCAUGUAUUUCGCCGAAACAGUCCUGGCUUUAGAGUACCUUCACAACUACGGCAUUGUACACAGAGACCUCAAACCUGACAAUUUGUUAAUCACCUCCAUGGGGCACAUCAAGCUAACGGACUUUGGGCUGUCAAAGAUCGGCCUGAUGAACAUGACAACUAAUUUGUAUGAAGGUCACAUCGAAAAGGACACGAGAGAGUUCAUCGACAAGCAGGUGUGUGGUACCCCAGAGUACAUUGCUCCAGAGGUGAUCUUGAGGCAGGGCUAUGGGAAGCCUGUGGACUGGUGGGCUAUGGGCAUUAUCCUCUAUGAGUUCCUUGUGGGCUGUGUGCCAUUCUUUGGAGAUACACCAGAACAGCUUUUUGGUCAGGUGGUCAAUGAUGAUAUCAUCUGGCCUGAGGGGGAAGAUGCUUUGCCAGCUGACGCCCAAGACCUUAUCACCAGACUACUUCGUCAGAGUCCGCUGGAGCGCCUGGGAACAGCUGGAACUACGGAAGUGAAGAUGCAUAUGUUCUUUGUGGGUCUUGACUGGAAUGGCCUUCUGAGGCAAAAAGCAGAGUUCAUACCACAACUGGAGACUGACGAGGACACUAGUUAUUUUGAUACCCGAUCUGAGCGCUACUCUCACCUCGGCUCUGAUGAUGAUGAAACUAAUGACGAUGAAUCAUCUCUUGAACUGCGACAGUUCUCUUCUGUGGCCCAUCGCUUCAGCAAAGUUUACAGCAGCACAGAGCACUUGUCCACCUCCACACCAUCCAACCCGAGCUUGUCUUCUUCGGAGAGGAGCCAUAGUGAAGAGAAGGAGGAUCGAUGGGAAGGCAGAUGUGCCUUUUCCCCUGGUGACGGACACAAGCACCUGGCUAGCGGAGACAGACCAGAUGGACUCAGGGGAAGUUUGCGUCCACGUGCUUCCUCCAGUUCGUCCCAGUCAGAGCGCAGUGCGAGCCCGUUAGUGUUAAACAGCACUCAGAGCCUUGACAUGAUGCCUCGAUUUGCCAUCUCUGCGGAGGAGGAGGAUGGCGUGGUCUCGAAUCUGCGACGCAUCCGUCUGCGCAGCAACAGCACCGGCACCAGACCGUCAUUCCGCAGAGGCGCGUCCAGACGCAUCGCCCACCAACUUGAUACCCCGGAAAAACCCAGGCCUCCAGCUGGAAAAGUCCCCAAGUCUGCCUCAGUCUCAGGACUUUCCCUCAUUAUCACCCCAGAUGACUCAGCGGGGCCUCCUUCCAGCCCCAAGUCGUCUUUAUCGCUGUCAUCCAACCCGUCGUCCAGGGACUCCUCCCCCAGCCGUGAUCUUUCCAUCAACAUCAGCUGCCUCAGGCCUCCGGUGGUCAUCCACAGCUCUGGGAAGAGGUUUGGCUUCGCUUUGCGAGCCAUCAGAGUCUACAUGGGAGACACUGAUGUCUACACAGUUCACCACAUGGUCUGGUGUGUGGAGGAGAGCAGCCCAGCGCACGAGGCAGGAUUAAGAGCCGGUGACCUCAUCACUCAUGUCAACGGGGAAUCUGUACAGGGUCUUGUGCACACUGAGGUGGUAGAGCUUCUUCUCAAGAGUGGCAAUCGGGUGACCCUUCAAACCACGGCUUUGGAAAACACUUCCAUCAAAGUGGGUCCUGCCAGAAAGACUAGCGCCAAGGCUAAGAUGGCUCGACGCAGCAAAAGAAGCAAGAGGAGAGAUGGGCAGGAUAGCCGGCGGCGUAACAUCUUGAAGAAGCUGUCCAAACAUACGCCGCCUCCACCGAUGCAAAGCAGUCGUAGCUUCUCUUCCGGGUUCCACCAGUCAUCCAGCGACAGCCUCUCCGGAUCCCCCACUCAGUCACUCUCCCCCGGACCGUCCACUCCUUGUCGCUCCCCUGCUCCUGACCACUCGGGAGAUUCAAGUUCCUCCCCGUGCUCCAGCUCGCCCAACUCGCCAGUACCUCAAGCCCGUCCCAGCUCUCUUCACGUCCUGGGCCGCUACACCAAGGCAGGUCGCUGCAAGUCCACCAGCAGCAUCCCGCCAUCCCCUCUGGCUUGCAUCCCGCCGCCCCAGCCGCUGUCUCCUCAGUGCUCUCCCUCCUGCCUUCCCAGCCACCCCAAAUCUUUGCAGGGUUUUCACGGCAAAACGCUGUCCCCUCCAACUAUAGCCCGCCAUUCUGUACGCCCCCGCAGCGCGGAGCCACCGCGAUCGCCGCUCCUCAAGAGAGUGCAGUCGGCCGAGAAGCUGACCGGCGACAAAGCAACCGGCGGUUAUCACUGCGAGCGGAAACCUUACGGCACUCGCAGACACACCAUGGAGGUUCCACUGUCCGAAGGCGAAGACGCGGAGGAGGACACCGCCACCGGGUUUGUAUGUGUGGGCGAACAUGGCCGCCAAGGCCUGUACGAGCACCACCGUUCCACCGCCUCGCCGCAACACCGCGGUGCCAACCACCACUCCGCAGAGGUGGUGGUGAUGCGGAAGUUGGCCCUGUCAGAGCGCCGGGACUCUUUCAAAAAACAAGAGGCCGUGCAGGAAGUGAGUUUCGACGAUUUGGAUGAACGCGAGGCGGCGCUCUCUGCCUCUCCACCCAAAAUCGACACCAAGCAGAAGGUGGGAGGAAAAAACACACGGGAUACAGCGGUGCAACAGAAAGCCAAGUCGAAAGAUAAAGAACAGUUUUAAACACAGCCCACCUCACCGUUGGUCUAGAUUUACAACAAGUGUGAGUGUAUGACUUGCCACUGUAUAUUUCUCACAAAAACUAGCGAUUUGGGAAUUCUGGGAGAAAUUUCAGGUUGAACCUAAAAUAACCUUGACAGGUGAAUGCUCAAUCAAUUUUCACUACACUGUAAAUAGUAGGAACACAAAAAAUGGCUAUAAGGUAUCCACAAAAUAAUAAAUUGUGGGUUUGAUAUCAUUUGUAGGAGCAGCUGAUGUCUGGGUAAUAAAAAUGGAGCAUACCUUUGUAUAUAAAGUGCACUCAAAAUACUAAAUUGUGGCUAUGUAAUCUGUAAAUAGUGCGCACAAAAUAUCUGGAUAAGGAAACAGUGUAUGUUUGUGCUAAUAACAUGCACCAAAAUAGUAAUGUGAGGGUUUAAUAUCAUUCACUAGAAUUCUUUUGUAACCUCCAUGUUGUGACAAAUAGUGUUUUGUGAAUACAUGAUUAACUCACUCCCUGCCAUUGACAUUGCUAAACGUCCAGGUCGGCAGCGAUCUCCCGGUCAAAAUGGAUUGGAAGUUUAACCUGUUAGGUGACCCUCCAAGUUGAGCUCAUUAGCUCAGCAUUUUAGGUUCACCCUGAAAAUUUACAAUUCCGACAACUGUGAUCGACUCCCUCACAAGCUUGAAAAUGGAUGCUUCAAUACUGUUUAACAUAAAUAUGACUGCCUAUAUGCGUUUACUCCCUCGUUUUAGAAGUCACCUACCACAGAUUUCAUUUUUGUAAAUAUAUUUGUAUUUGAAAUGAAGAUGUGUAUUUAUAACUUUCUACACUCAUCUUGUUUUUGGUUGCAGGGGAUGCUCUUGUGAUUGUUAGCAACUGUUCAAAGUAUAAAUGUGAUUUCCUUUUUCCGUUUUCAACAACGCCAACAUUGGUGCCAAAGCAAGGUUAGACAUAAAAACCUUACACGAGUAUGGAAAGAUGUUUUGCUGUACAUAGUGCUGAAAAGUUUUUUUUUUUCCCGGAUUAAAAAAAAAAAAAAAAAUACAGUGAAACCUCCAAAAUACAAGUUCAUUUUCUUUGCUAUUUCUCGGUGUUUAAUAUGGGUGAAUGUUUACAUUUUACUGCAUAUAUGUGUGUGGGUUUGUUGACAUAUAUAUUAAAAAAAAUCACAGGUAAUCCAGAAGUUGUGAAAGGAUGAAGUGUUUGCGUUACAAUAGCAGUGUAGCAUUGAGGCAAGCUGGCGAUGUGUAUUGUAUAAACAACGGUGGCCCUUUAAACAGCUGUCAGUGGUAAUUUUUUGCAAGUGACUUUGUAAGGAUCGUCGGCCUGCAAAGCCUGUUCUUAAUCUCCUGUUAAAAUCACCUUCAAAGGAUUGUGCAUGCUCCACAUUCCACCAUAAUUUUCCCACCGUUCUUUACAAAAAGAAAAUUACAAGUUGGAGAAGCUAUUAUUUUAACCCAUUCGCUGCUAUUGAUGGCAAUACACAUCCAGUCUAUUUGGAUUGAUGGAGGUGAUGGCAGUAGUUCCCAACCAAAGUGUGUUCAUGGUGUAGUUCCCCACCACUUUUCUUGUCUUGUCUCCAUGGCAACCAGACCUCUUGAUGUUUCCACCAUGCGGGGAUCUUGUUCAGACUGAUAUGGCAACAUUUUUUGUUUGUUUCAACAGCGCUUGAAAUAAAAAUGUUCAAAAAAAAGACCAACUGAGUCUGAGAUUGCAAGCUGAUGAAUACACCUUUAAUUCAGACAGGAGAAUGUAAUAUACACUUUUUGUCAUGCAGGAAUGUGAGAAACAUUUAUGACAUUGACCUAUAAUUGACAGCUUGUCAUUCAUAAAUAAAUGAAUAAAACCUUAACCCAUAAAGACCAUGUAUUGGUCAUGUAGGCCGAAAUAGUUUUGCAAUUACCAUUUUCAAAAAUGAAAAAACAGGACUUAUUGUAUAGCAAUUAGGCAUGUGCCGGUUAUCGGUUUCAAGGUUUACCAUGGUAUGAAAACAUCACGUUUUGAAAACCCCAAAAAUUUUCCGUCCCAAAAAUGUAGCGAGAAAUCCGUGGCUUGGAGCAUCAGUGCUCACCCAGUUGUUGCCCUGUCCUGUGUCUGUCAGUGACACUACACCUCAGCCCCCCCAAAAUAGACAAAAGUUGCUAGUAUGGGAAUACUUAGGCUACUGAAAUGAAACAGACGGCUUAAAGGAGGAAGGUCAGCCGACAUGCAGGCAACACCUCCAACAUGAUAUCACAUUUACGUGACCAUCAUCCGUCAGUUUACACAAAAUGUAAUGUAACUAAACGCUGUCAUGAACAUUUCCCACUAUCUAUGAGAGUUCACUCAAGCUGAUUUAGUGUGUCUAGCGAUGGUAAAGCAAAUACUAUAAGCUUGUUAAUGAGGCAGACAACGUGGCUAGUUAGCAUGCCAAGACGGCUAACUAGUUUCUUCUCUACCGUUACUCUACUUUUGUAAAGUCUUCCGCCAUUGUAAACAUCUGCCAAUUUGCAAAUAUGAUGUGAAAAAAAAAAUCCUGUUCAACUGAAAAAUAUUUUUUCCCCUUCCAUCUCAAAAUAACCCAUUUAAAGCUAUAAUUGCAAUACCGUAAAACAGCGGUAUUUUUGCUUAAGGAUAUACCGUCAAAAUCUCAUACCGGCACAUGCCUAAUAGCAAUAUUAUUGGCAACGAUCAUUUGAUUAUUACAAAAAAGUUAGACUUCAGAAAAAAAAAUAUAA